AUGUCCACACGUGAUAGCAUUGGGAGCAGUGAGUCUAGCGAUAGUGAUGUGUUGGGAGUAGGGAAUAGAUUUCUCGAGGACCAGGUCACUGCGGUCAAUCAGGACGUGGCCGCUGCCGAUAGUCAUGUGAGAAGCAUAGCCGACGCCGAGAACGUGAACUUCAUCGACGACGGACGGAAUAGUGGAAGGACGGGAAUGGAGAUGGAUAGCAGUGAUGAUAGAGAUCGCCUCGGCCUCAGUUUCUCAGGACCGCUUACUAUAGACAUCAGGUCGAGUGCUGCGAAUAAUAUGUUAGUGUCAGGACCACCCCCAGGACUGACGGAUAGAAACUUGGAGAUCGUGGCGGCGAUGGAUAGCGUGGGGAGGUCGGGAGGACUGGGCUAUGCCGGAAUAGCGGACACGUCGGGCACUCAGGGGAGGGACGCAGACGAAGGAUUGCAGGAGUUGCUCGCAAUCCCGUCGAUAGCAGAUAGAGGGGAUGCCGUAAUGCAGCUCAGCAUGCUUGCAAGCCGUCCUGUAGUGUUUGAUCCAGUUAUGGGAGCUACAGAUUUAAAUGAGUAUAGGGCCGGAAAAGGUGGGAUAGAAGCGGGAAACGCUAGGACUCCGACGCUUGCUAUCGAGGAUCUGGCUGGAAUAGAUGAAAGGAUGGAAGAGGGACCGUUCGUCAUCCCCUCCGAGCCUGUGUCCCACGGGACGAAUUACGAGUCAACGGGAGGUGCCAAGGGAAUCACUGGUCCCAGGUUAGAAAUGGCGAUCGAGGACAGAGUGGAUAGUCUUGCAGUGUCAUCAUCGUCAGAUCAUGAUAGGACGAUCAGGAGGAAUGAUGAUGGAAUAGAUGCGAUGAUGCCCAGUGGCGAGCUCGGUGCGGAGGGCGAUCGAACGAGAAGUGCGGAUAGCGGACAUUGGAUGGGCAGAGGGAAUGGAGAUGAUCUCGUUCCUGGAGUGUAUUCGAAUAGUGCGACCAUGAUUGGGAAUGUCGGUGCCGAUCCUACAGACCUGGAGUUGAUAGCUAAGGGAUCGUCAGCGGUAGCGCAGAACGUGGUCAGUGAGAGCGAUGAUAGAGCACUGUAUGUAUUUUCAUCUACAGGUCUCUCGGAGGCAUCACCAGGCGGGAACGUUGAAGCGUUGAAAGAUGUGGGUAUGGGUCAGACUACAACGAUCGGAAUAGAGUGGGGAUCCCAUGGAAUCCGGAGUACGCUCGAGGAAACGGGGGUCAUCACUGACAUGGACUUUGUGAAGUUCUUCACAGAUCAGGGGCCAGGAGAGCCUGGAUCAACGCCCAUAACGAUGCAAUCGGAUUCGCAGGAACGGUGGAACGCUGGGAUAUAUGGCAAGAUGGAUGAGGGACUGCGUAAGCAACGAGCGGAGCAGGCCGUUAAGGAGAUGAACCAGAUAGCCGAGAGCGUCCCCGCAGCGAAGAAGUCGAAAUCGACAGAAAUUGGGGGACCGAUCCAUCAGGCAGGAAUGAUCACCCCGGAUCAGGGUAGCGAAGGAUGGGGCAAUCGAUCCCCGGCUCCACGAUCUCCUGGGAUAGGUGGGCAGUACGAGCAUUUCGGGAUCGAUACUCCUCCUGAAGGACGAGGCAGGAACGACGAGAUGAGGGCAACAUCAUCCCCACCCAGGCGGGCAAAGAUGAGAGCUCCUGCUGAUCCGGACAAGUCGUCGUUGGGAGAGAUAGAUGGCAGGAUAGAUGACUUGCAGACGGUGGUUGUGGACACGCAGACCGACGUAGCCAAGCUUAAGGAGCUGAAAGAGAUGAGUCGGAUCAUGGACGGGAGCGUCAGCGAGGAUAGGAUGGAUGAUGCAAUGGCUCCGCAACUGACCGAGGGAGCAAUGCAGCUCGCACGGAGAAUGAGACGGCAGGUUGAAAACGUGAAGGUGCUCAAGACCUCUGUUACGACUAGAUUGAAGGGAGUGGAGGAGCGAUUGUCCACAGCGGAGCAUUCAGCGGACAUAGCCAAACAGAGUACCGGGACGAAGAUCACCACGUUAGAGACAGGAUUGAACGAGGUGAGACGUGGCAUAGGUGUAGUCUUCUCGAGCAUGCAAAUGCGACACGAGAAUGGAACAUGGAAGAACGAGAGACUGGAUAAAGUAGAGACGGUUUUGAAUAGACAGUGGGACCAGAUCAAGAUAGCGGGCGAGGAACUAAGGAAGCUGAAGUCCAAGGGGAGCCAGAAAGCCGGAACAGAUACGGCAUCGUCGUCACAUUGCAACAGCCAAGGAAAAGGUCCUGGAUGCGGAUGCAGAGAACCUGGCGAGGGUCACGGCACGUGCAUAGAUGGGGCAGUGCGGGGCGAAACCAAGAAGCUGAGUGAAGUGGUUCUGGCGCAGAAGGAACACAUAAUGACCGUCGCGAGAGAGGUGAUAAAGAACCGCAAAAGCGUGGCUGAGAUUGUGGCGAACAUGACGAAGGUUCACAAGACUUGCGAGAAUGUCGCGGCAAGGACCGAUCGGAUGGAUGAGAAGAGAAACGGAGAACAGGCCUGGGUGAAGGAUACCGUGCGAAAGAUGGAAAAGACAAUGGAGUCAAUGUCGAGCCGUAUGAUAGAUGAACAGAAGAGAGUCACGGGCGAAUUUAUCCUUGUCAAUGCUCGAAUUGAUGAGAGCGCACGGAACGAAGGGCUAGGCAAGAUGCGAGGAAACAGUGCGGAGAUAGGAAAGCCACCGACCAUGUCCAGUGAGAAUAAAUGCAUUGUAUUAGAACAGCAGGUGACCAAGAUCACUAGUCAAUUGCAGGGGUUGACCACUGUGAAUGAGCGGAUCGUGAGGGAGAACGCUAGCCUGCUUAGUGAGAUAGAAAGCAUGAAGGGGGAGAACAAAGGUAGAGAAAUGAUAGAACUCAAGGAGAAGAACGAGCAGUUGGAGGCAAUGGUACGGGAAUAUGAACGGAGACUGGAGCAGGUGAAACGAAACGAUAGCCUUAAAGCAGAGCUGGAUAGCAUGUGGCAUAGAAUCGGUGAGAUCGGCAAGCCAAGCUCCGAGUACGCCAUGCCAGCGCCGGGUGCGGGAGGUGCUUCGAACGCUGGCUCCGCAAGACCAAGUGCCGGUGCCACGCCUGUUGCGGAAGAGAAGUGUGUGGUAAUUGCUAUGAAUACCAUGAUGACUUGUGCAUGCUGUGCUCCACUGAUAGACGGGGAUGCGAUGCCGGAGGGUAUGCAGGGACAGGACUUCCAAGGCCGCAGAGUGGACGCGAUCGUGAAGGGGACGAUGCCAGGACUGUGGCUGGGCGAUGUUGCACACACUGCGAAGGCUGCGUAUCUGUAUGACGGGGACUAUGCAUACACGCAGGUAUUGAGGGUACGCGAAAGGAGCGAAGCGAUGAUAGACAUGGAACUCAAGUAUCCUGCGUUGGAGAACCAGCUUUUUAGCGGAUUAAAGAGAGCAAUAAAGUCAGAGUCAUUGUCGGCGAAGGUGAAGAUGGAGAUGUACAAGACUCAGCAAGUGGGGGAUGGAAAGCCGAUGACGGCCAUGAGAUUGCUUACGCUGAUAGUAAAGCAUGUUGAGAUCCCGAUUGCAAAAGAGAGUCAGGUGCUGUACGAUGGCCUGAGUAGCACGAAGGUGAUGAGUUUCCCGGGGAAGCCCGAAGAGGAGGCACUGGAGGAGUUCAUGACUAGAUGGGAUCUAGCGCACACGAACCUUAUAGGCAUGGAACUGCUUCCGGACGAGGCCAAGACUCAUACCUGGUUGCGAAAGAGAAUCAAGGAUAGACUGGAGAUGUGGAGAGCGGACAAGAACAUAGACGAGGCAUCAAUGCGGGUGAGUCGACAGGCAUUCACGAGUGGGUACGGGGAAAUAGCUACGGAAGAGGGAUAUCUGUGGGAAGAGGCAGGGACGGACUUUCGCAGGCGGGGAGAGCCGAUGACCCGAAGAAUAGAUAUGGCGGAAGAGGUCCUCAAGAAGGCCAGCGAGGAUAGCCAGGUAUAUGCGGCCAUGCCUGUGGUACGACAAGGGGAUGAUGGCGCCGAAGGACACACAGCUGAUAAGAUGGUACGAAAAUGCAAAAACGUACACAAGAAGGGGUAUGUACAUGAUGUGAAACGAUAUCCCGUGAUUGAAGAGGCAAAGGCAAGGCUACGAGGAAUAUCCCUAGCCGAAGAGGUCGUGCUGGACAUACUUGCCGGGGAGCAAGGCGAGGAAGGUAGGGAUGCAUCAAGACUGGCUGAUAGGAUAGUGGAGGAAUGCAGGAGAAUAGGUAUAGUCGACGAGAGAUUCCGCGUGGAUAGUCGAGAGGUUAGUCAACCGGCGGCGUCUGCACAACAUUGCUUGCCCCCGGUAAUGAGACGAUGGAUGAUAGACUCGGGGUGCGCUAUGGAUCUAAUAGCAGAAGCAGACCUCACCCAGGAUGAAAAAGAUAUGGCCAUUGAGGCGAAGAAAGUGAGGUUCAACACUGCCAACGGCAACACCACGUCAAAGCAAGAGAUAUGCAUGGAUAUACAAGGGAUGCCUGAGACGAUGAGGAUUAGAAUGCUCGAGAGUACUCCCGCUGUUCUAUCGAUGGGGAGGAGAUGUAUGAAAAUGGGAUAUUCAUUUCAUUGGCUGGCGGGUGCAAACCCCGUGUUCGUCAAGCCUGAUUCGAGCUUGAUAGUGCUAAAAGUCAUCGGCGAUAUCCCAUACAUGGUGGAUAGAAUGUCAACGGUUGUUAACGAAAGUGAGCGUAAUGACUAUCACAUCUAUCCUGCUAUGCCAGCGCCUCUUGCGAUUGAACUGCCCGUGCGAGGAAAUUCCAGUCCGAGGAGGCUUGAAGAGAAACAGGAUGAAUGUAGCCCCAAAAGCGUGGACUCGGACACGGAUAGAGACACCGAGGAGGAACCGAUAGGAAAGGCCACCAACGACGACGGGAGGCUACUAGACAAGUGGAUGUUAACGGGUAAUAAAGCGGUGUGUUUCCACAACAAGCCAAGAACGAAGACUUGCGAUCCAUGGUUUGAAACACUGAAAUUCCCAGAGAUACAUGCACUUGUGCCGCGAUUCGCCGAGAGAUGUAGAUCCAAACGUGUGUACAAAGAUGGCAAAACCGUGGCGGAAUGGAUAGACUGGGUGGACAAGUGCAGUGAGGGAGAGAAUAGAGACGCGGAAGAGGACUUAUGGACAGGCAAGACCAUGUUCAAGAUAGAAGGGCUCACAUUCGAAGGAGCGGAUGCAGGAGAAGCGGUGCAGAGCGAUAGCGCGAAGGUGAGAAAACAUAUCUUGAAUAGAAUGGCUGCGGAUGAAGACGCGGGGCUAGAUGACCUGACGAUGAUGCUGGACAAGAAUAUCGGUACCGGUGGCGAGGCAGAGACGCUAGUCGAGAUAGCAAGGUCGAGGAACGGACCGGAGAGGUGGGGAUACUCAUUUAUCAGUUGGGCACAGAAGCAGGAAUGCCGGGACGACGAUAUCAUCAUACUGCGCGUGUGCAUGCUUGUGGUGAUAGGAAAGGCACGUCACCGACGAUUGAGAGCCCCAACGAUGUGUCUCAUUGAGCAGCCCCAGGACCCCGAGACGUAUUGGGAUGAUACGCCAGAGGGGGGAUACGCAUCAUUGUGGGCGACAGAAGAAUGGGAUAGGACGAGUGCCAUCCUAGGAACGAAGCUGUUCAGUUUUGAUCAGGGACCGAUGGGACACUCUAGGAAAAAGCCGACAACGAUAGCGACUGACGCAGAGUUGAUAGGAUGGGCGGUCAAUCUUAGAGGACCAGGGACUGGAGCGGCGAAUGAUAGCAGUGAUAGAAGCAAGGGCGAGAUGAGCGAAUCGCAGAACUGGGCGGAGUGGGCACCGGGAUUAGUGCGAGCCAUUAAGGAGACUAUGCGUAAGCACCACCGAGUAUCAUCAGUGGCCGAAAAGGGGAUAGACGAGAGGAAUAGGGAGACAACGAUAGAACAAGAUGAUAGUGAUGGUCGACUGAGAACGACAUUCUACUGCGCCGCGUGUAAGGCUGAUUCAUCCGGGGUAUGCGGGUUUUGUGAAAGAGCUUUAAGUCCCGAGCAGAUUGAGGCGGGACAAAGCGCACGCAAUAUGACGGAUGUGGAGUUUCAGCUCGUCCGCGGAAUGAAGAAGAAUCCGGAUGACGACCUAAGGAUCGCGGAGCAAGUCGUCGCUGUACCCGGCGAAGAAGAAAGCACCGAAAACGGAGGCGAAUUGGAUGUUGAUAUAGAUUUACCCGGAAUAGCCGACGAAGAACAGGCCAGAAGAGGAGUGGGAGAGCCUCAGAAGGAUGAUAGCGCCGGUGGCAUGGGAGAAGUGGAACAAACAGAGGCAGAAGUCGGACCUGCAGAUCAAGUUCGAGUUGCGGAUAGACUUGGCGAAGGGAUAGGGUCGAGCAAAGCUGUGAGCAUCCGGAGAGCAAGAUACUCACCGGAGUAUGCAAAAUCGGCGGAACAUUUGCUCACGCAUCUCCCAAAGAACAUGCACUGCGUUGCCUGUCGACAAGGCAAAGCAAUAAACGUUCCCUUCAACAGGGGCGAAGGCAUCACCGACAAGGGUGCCGAGAAGUUCGGAGAGAGGGUCACUGCUGACACGAUAGUGCUUCGCAGCAACAAAGACAAGGGAAUCCGCGGAGAAAACAACGCAAUCGUGAUGUUCGACUUCAAGACACAGUGGAUACACUGCACGCCCGUGAAGUCCAGAGGAACGGAUGAGUUUGUGCGAGCUAUCAACGAGUUCCGAGGCCCAGAUAUGGUGGUGCAUCUGUACGCAGACGGAGCCGGUGAAUUCUCAAAAGCCUGCGAUGUCAUAGGAACUUGCAGGGCGACUUCUACACCCGGAUUACCCCGAACGAAUAGCAUAGCCGAGCUCAAGGUCAAAGAAGUAAUCUACGGUGGCAGAGUAUUACUGAGACAAGCAGGACUAGAACCGAAGUGGUGGCCAUACGCUGUGCAGACGUUCUGCUUCCAUAGGAACGUACAACAGGUGGACGGGGUAAGCCCGUACGGGAAAAGACAUGGCAACGAGCAAGACAAAGUGAAACUGAUUCCUUUCGGGGCACUUGUUAACUACCUCCCCAUUGCCGAAAAGCCUAGAAAAGCUGGCAAAGAGGACGCGGCCCUGCUCGAACGGGGGGAUCCUGAAAAUGACGCUCUUGAGAUUCUCGGAGCUGAUGAAGAUGUUUCGAGCAUGGCCUUGCCCUCUGAAACGAAGGAAACCAAAGAACAACGCUCGCAAAGGGAGGAAGAGCUGAGAGAGAUCGAUAGACGUGCGCUCGAUAUGGUCAUGACGCAGGACUUUGAUGUGCAGCAUGCAAAGGACAUCAUCCUGAAGUUCACUUCGAUAGAAAAAGGAAUAGCGAAGAAUUCGCGGAGCAUGGCCACCGGUAGAGGGUUCAUAGUCCUGGGGCUGUAUGCGUACGGAGGAAAGGUUGGCAUUACGAAUAGUGCCAAAGAAUAUCCGGGGAUAGCCAUGGUGUGCUGCGAGCUGAUAGCAAAAUGUUUCCCAGAAGCUACUUUUACAACGGUGAUUGUGUCUGUCGGAACCAGGAUGGGGCCUCACAAGGACAAGUUUAACGAGAGCCAGACGUACAACUUUGUUGUGCCGGUAAGCGAGAGGGCGGGUGAAGCUAUGAUCUGGACAGAAGAGGAACAGUGUGAGAAUGAGAGUGGCGACGCCGCCGGGAUAAAGAAAGAGGUGCUUCCGGGAAAAUGGAUAUGGGGAAGGACUCGGAAGGUUGAUAGUGGGCUAAAGUUCAAUCCAAGAGUUUGGCAUGCUACCGAAGAUGCCUUGGCGCCGGAGGAUAGAGUGAUAGCGGUGGGAUAUACCCUGGCAGCGGGUAAAAAGGCAUCUGUGGACGACAAGUGGAAGUUGAUGAGGCUGGGCUUCAGAUUGGAUGAGCACUUUGCGACAUUAGCGGAUGGCUUAUGCCAGGCAGCGUGUGCAGACAACGGUGGGGAUGGGGAAGAAUAUGUAGAUCACGACGCCGAGGAAGAGCAAGCGUAUGCCAUGGCAUCCAAGGCAAAGUUCGACACUCCGACAUCACCCGGAUUGUUCCUAGGUUACGCGCUCCAACCAGGGGGUGUUCCGAGCGGAGACUAUAUAGUGGUUGAGCUGGCGCACCUGUAUCACGGAUGGACGGUACCGUCGAUACACCGCGUGAAGAGGAUAGUACUUGACGAGGAGAUGCCCAACUACUUCCCGAUGCAAGCUGUGGCUGAUAGGAAGUCGAGAAUCAUGACAGCGACUCGAGCUGAUGCCCUGGCCAGAUUGGAACUGGAGAGAGAGGGGCAGCAAGGAGAGGAGACGGAGGAAAUCUUCGCAGAGGAGAGAAGGGUACGAGCCGAUGUGAUGAGACAAAUUAAGUGCGACGAUCAGCAUCUUCAAAACGGGGAUUUCUGGGAACAUGAUGAGAUAGACCAUUCGUGGACGCUUCAUCACAUCUUACCCCGAAAGGAGCUGUGUACCCCAGGCGAGGAGGUCAAAGGUACAGGUGGCCCCGGGGAUAGAGAGCUGGGUCCAAGGAGGCGAACGUGGAUAGUGUACGCCGAUGGUACAUCGGAGGUACUGGAUGAGGAUAGAAUGAAGGGCAAGAAGAAGAUCACCAAGAAAUGGACGGGGUGCACUACGUUCUGGGAAAAGGGGGAGCCUGAGGGAGAGAUAGAGGAUGAAGCCAGGGAGCGGGCGCGGGGAGAGAAGGCGACGGGUAUACGGGGGGUGGGUUUAGACUACGAACAGGACAUGCCCAGGAUAGAACGGCCGUACGCGAGAUCUCACAAACCCAACUCCAUUUCGUCGGCAGAGUGGAAUAGGAUGAGUCCGGGACAGCGACUGCGCUAUAUAGAGGGAGACAAAGAGAGGAUCAUUAGAGGAGAGAGGCCUCCCUCUGCCGCUCGAGGGCAAGAGGAAAUAGGACCGCGUCCCGCAGAAAUUGGAGUUCGAGAAUGGAGGGAGAAAAUCACCGACCAUGGCCAGGACUUCUCACCGCAGGAGUACCGAUGGGAUUCUCCAUCGGGAAUGCCUGAGGGUGGCCGAGUGUGGGCAGUAAGAAACAAUCGCGCCACAUCCUACCGAUUCUAUGGCGGAAGGGACAAAAGACGGCUCGAGCUCUGGUGGAGGGUCACUCGGAGCGCCAAUACUGGAGAGGUCUUAGAAUCCAUUGAGUAUGACUCAUGCAUACAGGCGGAGAUGAUGCGCAAUAGAGGGAGAUACCGAUUCGUUGUGCCCAGGGACAUCAUCACGGAGUUCUGGUACAUCCCCGACGGAGGAGAAGACCGACGAAUCAGGGAUAGAGGAGAAUCAGCAGAACCUGCCGCACCGGCAUCCAGGAUGGGAGAUACUGAGGAGGUUGCGAAAACCAUCAAUCAAUUGUGCAGCACAGCUGGAAUAGCGCGAACGCCGUCCGACAACAUCAUUGGGGAAAUAAUGAGGGAGUUGGGCGAGCAGCCUAAAGUGCAGGUCAUGGGGGUCGGAAUAGAGGAAAUAGGGGAUAACGGAGGUGAGAACGUAUCUUGGAUAUCGGGGGAAGGAUGUGUGAUAGGAGAGGGCGUGACGGAUGUGGUCAUCGCUAUCGAUGCGUCUAGCGAGGGCAUGAGUGUAGAAGUUGAUCGAAAGGCAUCCGGUUGGAGACGUGAGGAAGGUCUAGAUAGUACGCGAGAGGCUCGAGAUAGAGUGUUUGGUAACAUAGAAAAGGUUAUCACCGACGCCAACAGCAGAGGAAUAGUGGCUACGACCAUCUGGAUAGGCGGCAAAAGUCGAUUGGCCGACGAGACCAUUGUUAGAAUGGCGCUUGCCUGGGACAUGUGGAUAGUACGGAGUGAUGGAUGCAUGCUGGGUAUGAAUGACGGGGUGGACGCGUCGUGUUACAUAGGAAUGAUCACACCAUGUAUGAUGAAUGCGAUCGCGGCGGACAUGUUAGCAUGCGAUCAUAUGCCAAGGGAUCAUGAGUUAAUGUCGCACAUGGUGAGGAUAUCGGACACGAAAAUGGACGUACAACGAGAGCAGGAGCAUAAAGCGAUACGCGAAAUGAUCAAGGUGAUAGAGGACGUGGUAAACAUCUGCGGCGAGGAAGAGGGUGACUCGGUGUCGAUGGCAUGUGAAGAACACGAGGGAGAAUAUCUCGGAUAUAGCAGUGGUAUGGUGACACUGGACGUGGACUCCUUGGCACAGCUGGAAAAGGGAACGAUUAGAGGUGACGAGACUGGGGGAUCACUAGAGAAGCUGCUGAAGAUAGCCAAGAGAAGAAUGAACGGAGGAAACUCGUAUUGGGUGAUAGACAUGGAGGGAGACGACGAGCACGUCGACGAUGCUACGGAUAGAGAAGAUCAGACGCUGGUGAGGAACUAUGCUGCUGCGGCUGCCGAGGAUGGGGCACCGUACAUCAGUCGUGAGGAGCCCAGAUGGAAAAGAUGCAUAGUUAUGAAUAAUCCAGGCCGAGAGGCAAUGGGGGAGGUCUUCGGACCCCGGGCGAGACACAUACAGGACCUGCGCGUGAUCCUGGUCGACGGCGACGACAUAGGCAAGGUUAUGAUGAUGAAGCCAAACAGUCGCCGCACCAGACAUAGCACCGGAGGGGCCGCGGUAGCCUACCCUGGAGAAGAGCUCGAGGUGGGAGACAUGAACUGCAACGGAUGGAUAGUAGUGCUGACCGGGGAGAGGGAGAGCAGCGACACAGACCGACGCCACGACCAAGAUAGAGAGGAAAGCUCCGGAUUUGACGACCAGAGCGAUGUGUUUGAUUCAGAAGGAUGGACGCUGUCGGACUUGGAGGAGGAACGGGAACCUGUGGAUGAGGCAUUCUUCAGGGCCGGGCACGCUGAAACCAUCAACCUCGAGACUAUGGAGAAGGGCGAAUGCGACAUAGUCAUGUGGGAGGCAGAGAGGAAUGCACUGGUCCUUGAACUAAAGGACGACAUCCAUGUUCCGUUGAUAGGAUACACCUGGGUUCGUACUGGGAUAGCAUAUCCGGAAGAUCCUGGCACAAGUGUGAGAGUGUCUGCGCUUGGACAACUUGUGGCGGAAACUAUGUGCGACGUCAUAGGAUACGAGGUAUCACCUGAGCGGGAAAUCCUGGUGGCUAUACAGAAUAGGAAUAGCUUUCCCAUUACGUUUGGAGGAAGAGGGGGGCCAAUCAUGAGAAUGGAGUUCGCUAAGGGAGUAUGUCUGCGACCGAGGAUGCGCGGGUGCAUGAUGCCUGAGAACGUGAAGGAAGUGAGACAUCGUAGGGCACAUCGGGAGAGCAAGAAAGCAAUCUGGGCAAGAGAGGCCCGUGCGAGGGAAAGAGACAGGGAUAGUGCGGGUCAUGGACUGAGAGCAGGGAGGAAUAGAGAUGAGGAUAGGCGGCGAAUCGGCGUCAAGCAUGUCUCGGAUAGGGCAUACAGAUGCCGAGAAUGUCGACGACUGCUGGAGGGAAAAGCAAAGGUACCUAGUUUGAUCCUCACGUCGAUGACGCUAUGCUUCGCAUGCUUCAUGAACAAGCAUACUACGCCCGUUGAUAAUUUGAUCCGGCAGGGUUAUCAGACUGAAGACGAGGAGUAUGGAGAUGGAAUAGUCGCGGUCCCUGCUAUACAGGUGGAUGCAGAUCAAGAGGAUAGUUGGGAAGAGGUUGCGGAAAAUGAAGUGUGUGAUAGCAUCGACGAGACAGUAGGAGAAUGUGAGCCACUGAUGGCCACAAUCAUAGAGGACGAAGAGGAAGACAUCGAGGAAGUGUUCGGACUUGUCGCUAGACCCGUGACGAAAGCUGAGAGGGCGAUCAACCCCAAGGCUCGGGCAGCGCUUGAUAAGGAAUGGAAAAAGCUGAUGGAUCAAGUGGUCUGGAUAAUGGAGGAGGUGCGUUCGUGGAAGGACGUUCAACGGGAGGCAAUGGAUAGAGGGGAAAUAGCUCAUGUAGGUCGUAUCUUCGACAUUUGUGUGGAAAAGAACUGGGAGCUUGCUGAAGACGAUCCUCUUAGGAAGUAUAAGGGGAGAGUUGUGUUUGAGGGAUGUCAUGUCAAAGACCAGGAGGGAAAGUGGGCCAUCUUUCAGGAAAUCACAUCAUGCCCCGCGACACUUGAGGCAGGCAAGAUGGCGGACGCCUAUGGGAUGCUGCCAGGACACGACAUCGAGAUGUCGGACGGUGAGUCGGCAUACACGCAG